AAUUCCCAAUUGAUGUCUCAAUAAAUCGUUUGAAUCAUACUUCCCAGAUUAAUCCAGAGUUGAGUUCAGUCCAAUUCGUUUAGCCUCUGAGUCACCGGCUCUCUCUCGCCGUCGCUACCACCGCCGGGGAGCGUUCGGAGCUUCUUCUCUCCCUCAGUUUCUCCCCAACCCAUUGCUUACAACAAACCCACCUUGGUUCCCACUACAAACCCUGAAAAAUGUCCGGCGGGUUUUUCCGGGGUACGACUGCGGACCAAGACACUCGUUUUUCAAACAAGCAAGCAAAGCUGCUGAAGUCACAGAAGUUCCCUGCUGAACUAGACCAACUGGUUGAUACGACAAAGGUGAAGAUGGACGUUAUCAGGCCGUGGAUUGCUACGAGGGCGACUGAGCUUCUUGGGUUUGAAGAUGAAGUUCUUAUUAACUUCAUAUAUGGCCUUUUGGAUAGCAAGGAAGUAAAUGGGAAGGAAGUUCAAAUACAACUCACUGGGUUCAUGGAAAAGAACACUGUGAAGUUUAUGAAAGAGCUUUGGACACUACUUCUAAGUGCCCAGAAGAACGCCAGUGGUGUACCUCAACAAUUUUUGGAUGCCAAGGAAGAAGAAAUUAGGAAGAAGAAGGCAGAGACAGAUUUUCUUGCAAAUGAAAUUCAGAAAAAGAGAGAGAAGGAACAUAAAGAAAUUGAGGAGCAGAGAUCAAAGAAUAUGGACGAUGGGGCUGAAAAGGUGGCCGAUUUUGUAUUGGAGCCUACGUCAAUGAAUCGUUCAGAGGACGAGGAAGAGGCUGAAAAGAGUAAUGGUGUUAGGGGAAGAAGCAGUGAUGGACACAAGUCAAGGAGCAUGUCUCGAUCACCUCAACGGCUACGAGACUCCUUUUCGCAAGAAAGAUUAUCUAUUAGCCCACGUCGUAGGGACCAUCGUGAUUCAUCCUCUCCUCGACAUAGAUCAUCUGAUUCAAGAAGGUCUAGAUCUACUUCACAUCGUAAAUCUCUUUCUCCAGUAGUGCAUCAGUUGCGGUCUCCUUCUCAACAUAGUUCACCAUCUCCUCAUUGUAAAUCACCACAUCAACUAUCUUCGUCUGGGCAACGUCGAUCAUCGUCACCUGCACAACGAAGGUCACCAUCACUUGAUAAGCAUAAUAGAUCACCAUCACCAUCUGAGCAUUGCAGGUCACUAUCACCAAUUAGACACAGUCGUUUGCCUUCACCUGCUCGACAUCGUAGAUCACCAUCUCCUGAAUGGCGUCGUAGAUCACCAUCUCCUGAAUGGCGUCGUAGAUCACCAUCACCAAAAUGGAGUCGUAGGUCACCAUCACCAAGACGACGUCGUAGGUCACCAUCACCAAGACGACGUCGUAGGUCUCCAUCACCAAGACGACGUCGUAGGUCUCCAUCACCAAGACGACGUCGUAGGUCUCCAUCACCAAGACGGCGUCACAGGUCUCCAUCACCUGUACGACGCCGAAGGUCACCAACUCCUGUACGACGCCGAAGGUCACCAACUCCUGUACGACGUCGAAGGUCACCAACUCCUGUACGACGUCGAUGGUCACCAUCUCCAAUACGAAGUCGAAGGUCACCAUCGUCGCCGCGUCAUUACAGGUCACCAUCUCCACACCGUCGCAAAUCACCUUCCCUUGUGCGUCGUCAUAGAUCGCCAUCUCCAGCACACUACCGGAGAUCGCCCUCACCUAUUAAACGCCACCCAUCUCAUUCUCCAAGGCAACGCUCUAUGUCACCUUCAUCCUCACCAAUACAGAAAUGGGAUAGGCCAUCACCACAUGAUCAUCACAUAACACCCUCUCCUCUAGAACGUAGAUCUCCAUCAUCUCCAGCACGUCUCAAGAGAUCAAGCCUUUCUCAACAUAGAUCCAUUUCACCAUAUGAUCGGAGUUAUUCAUCAAAGGAGCGGGGAAACCGAUCGCCUGUCAAAGUAAAAUCUCCCAGGGUCAGAACCAGUGAUGAAAAAAGCUACUCACGCCGAGGUAAAGCCAAGGAAACUGAGGCUCGGACUGUCGAAAAUAAUAAUAACCGGCGCGAGGUCUCAGAUUCUGAUAUGGAGGAAGGCUAUAAGCAUAAAACCAGAAGUAAGGGUAGGAAAAGACACAAAAGAUCAAACAGGAGUGACACUUCUUCGGAGAGAAGACACAGAAGAUCAGACAGGCGUGACACUUAUUCAGAGAGAAGACACAGAAGAUCAGACAGGCGUGACACUUAUUCAGAGAGAAGACACAGAAGAUCAGACAGGCGUGACACUUAUUCAGAGAGAAGACACAGAAGAUCAGACAGGCGUGACACUUAUUCAGAGAGAAGACACAGAAGAUCAGACAGGCGUGACACUUAUUCAGAGAGAAGACACAGAAGAUCAGACAGGCGUGACACUUAUUCAGAGAGAAGACACAGAAGAUCAGACAGGCGUGACACUUAUUCAGAGAGAAGACACAGAAGAUCAGACAGGCGUGACACUUAUUCAGAGAGAAGACACAGAAGAUCAGACAGGCGUGACACUUAUUCAGAGAGAAGACACAGAAGAUCAGACAGGCGUGACACUUAUUCAGAGAGAAGACACAGAAGAUCAGACAGGCGUGACACUUCUUCGGAAGACAGCUAUGAUAGUGAAUUGGAGAGGAAGGAGGCCCGGAGAAGGAAGGAGGAGGAGAGGAGGUGUUGGAAGGAGAAGAAGCGACAAAGACGUGAAGAGCAUCGACGUAAAAAGGAAAAGCGGCGUGCUGAGAAGACGAAAGCUAAGACUUUCAGUUAUGAUUGCUCGGAAGAGUGUUGUCCGAGUGAUAGUGCGUAUGAGGCCGAGCAGAGAAGGUUAGAGGUCGAGUUGAGGAAUAAGGCACUGGAAGCAUUCAAUGCAAGGAAAGGGAGAAGGCAUAAUAGAUCUUCAGAAUAGUCUUUUCCUUCCACAUAAAAGGUAUUGAUAAAUGGUGAUUUCUUUGAUGUUCAUUUGAAUGCAAACUCAGCACAGAGCUUGUUUUGGAGUUCUUUUAGAAUGGCAGCCUUACCUUAGCUACUUACAGAAAUCUUAUCGAAUCUUUAACUCAA